AUGAUUGCUAGCCCCAACCCAAAGGAGAGGGUGGGAAUAAGUAGCUGCUGGCAACAGGAAAAUCUUCCUCCUAUGAGAGACAGUGAUGUGAAAAUACAAGUUAGAGCCUGUGCACUGAGCUGGAUAGAUACAAAGCUUUUGUCAGAAAUGAAGUUGAAGAAGGAACUCCUACCUGUUGGUCGAGAAAUUUCUGGAGUUGUACUGGAAGUUGGAAGGAAGGUGUCCUUUUUUCAGCCAGAUGAUGAAGUAGUGGGAAUUUUGCCCCUGGAUUCUGAAGAGUCUGGUCUUUGUGAAGUUAUUCUAGUUCAUGAGCAUUAUUUGGUUCGUAAGCCAGAAAAAGUCUGUUGGGUUGAAGCAGCAGGAACUGUUCGUGAUGGUGUCCGAGCAUACACAGCUUUACACUACCUUUCCCAAGUCUCUCCUGGAAAGACUGUACUUGUAAUGGAUGGAGCAAGUCCAUUCGGUACAAUAGCAAUUCAGUUAGCACAGCACAGAGGAGCUAAGAUAAUCUCUACUGCACACAGUCUUGAUGAUAAGCAGUACCUGGAGAGGCUUAGACCUCCUGUGGAAGGUAUACGGCAGCCUUUAGUAGCUCGAGUGAUUGAUGUGUCAAAUGGAAAGAUAGAUGUGGCAGAAAGCUGCUUGGAAGAAACAGGUGGCCUAGGAGUGGAUAUUGUUCUAGAUGCUGGAGUGAGAUUCUAUAGUACUGAAGAUGAAUCAACAUUAAAAGCACAGUUGUUGCCUCAUAAGCAUGAUAUCAUUACACUUCUGGGUGUUGGUGGACACUGGAUAACUACAGAAAAAAAUCUUCAGCUCGAUCCUCCAGAUAGCCAUUCCCUGUUUCUUAAAGGAGCCACAGUCUCUUUCCUGAAUGAUGAGAUAUGGAACUUGUCAAAUAUACAGCAAGGGAAGUAUCUUUGCAUCUUAGAAGAUAUAAUGGAAAAAUUAUCAAGUAACAUUUUCAGGCCUCAGCUGGAUGAACCGAUCCCAUUGUAUGAAGCCAAAGUUUCUAUGGAAAUAGUUCAGAAGAAUCAAGCAAGAAAAAGACAAGUCAUCCAGUUCUGACACACAAUUUCCUGAUUUCUAAGCCUGUCGAAGAUGAAGAAGAAACAUAAUGUGUUUGAGAAGUAAAUUAGUGUACGUUUUCAAAUAAUUCUGUAACCAGAACUUAAAUCUUUUGUACGUCUGCACGAAUGGUCUGUGAAGCUUCUGAGACUUCAGGGUUUUUUGGAUCCAAUUGAACAGAAUGUUUCCAUCAGCAACUUCUAAGGAGACAGUCUCGACACAAAAAUCCCGCCUGUCCCUGGCCGCAUGAAAAAUACCAGUAACAUCUUCAGGCAACUUCAGUUGCUGUUCUUUUUCCACCAAAAGAAAUUAAAGGAAAAAUUUUUUUGGUGUUGUGUAUUAGUUCUCCCUCCUCUGUCCCCCCAUCUAGUCACCUUUAUAUUCACUGUUUGCUUUUGACUGCAUUGAGGCUGAGCGCUCUGCAGUAUGCUAAGUCUUUAAUCUGCAUUCAAAAUUAUUUUUGCUGUUUAACUGAAAAACAGGGUGGCAGAGCUAUUGGAAACAGCAAGGAUGCUGGAAGAGAAGGAUAUGGCACUGGCAUUAAGGGUUUCCCCCUCCACCAUUGAUUUUCUUCCUUUUAACAACCAGAGAUGUGGUAAACCUGACUUAGACUCUAGUCCAUAAAUUGACACAAUCGUGCUUUUUUUUUUUUUAAAUAUAUCUUCAAUAAGGACAGGCAUGAAUAAACCCUGAACAUAAAGUGCAUCAAACAUUAGAAUAAGAUUAUGUAACUUGUUACUGUGCUGUCAUCUUUGGUAUUUUUCCAGUCAGACCUUUGUAUUCUCUGCACUUUCACCUCCCCUCUUUUCACCUGUCCUAUACCUAGCUUAGCUCAAAUCUGUUUAUCCGACACCCUGCUCUUACCAUGCACGACCCAAAAAUCAGUACUAGGAAAGAAAGUGCUGUCUCUCAGCAUGUGCCUUCCUACUUGUUCUUAUAUGGGAGCAAAAACUUUUUUUUUUUUUUAAUCUGUGCUAUUCACUUUCAUUGUCUGUGGGGGCUGGCUGAGUCGGCACUAGCACUCUGCACCAGUGUAACAAGUUAGAAGCAAAUACACACAUUUGAGCUGCAAUGGAAUAUCUAGAACCAUUAUCCCUAUUUUCUUUCAAUCAUUGGACUUAUAUAAUUUGUUAUAACCUCCCUUGUAGUACGUUCUUAACAAUCAGAAGAAAGAAAUCAUUUUACUAUUAAUGUGGUACAAUGCACCUUGAGAAUAAGUAGUUUUUAUAUAUAUAAAAGCAUGUGGGGGUGAAUAUUAUAUGUAUGUUUA